AUAUGACGUUAUUGUUAGGCCAAUAUAAAUUUGUAUACAUAUGUAAAUACAUUUUUGAUUUACUAGAGUCCUAUUAUUUUCUAUAUAAUUGAAACAUAUUACAUAAUGAUCCAGCUACGUCCAGCCAUAUAUAGCCUAGUGCUGAAGCCAGUCGUUAAUCUCGCAGCAAUGCAACGCUACAAUCACACGGAAAAGAAAACACAACUAAGUAAUGGUAUCGCUAUUAAUUAUGUACAGAGUGGCAAAGGUGACAAAAGUGUAUUGCUAAUGCCCGGUGCACUUGGUUCUGCGUGGACUGAUUUCAAACCACAAAUUGAAAAGUUGCCUGAACUACUUCCAAAUCAUACAAUCAUUGCUUGGGACCCACCAGGCUACGGAAAGUCUCAACCACCCGCACGUCAAUUUGAUUUGGAUUUCUUCCAAAAAGAUGCAAGCUUUGCCGCUGAUCUUAUGCGUGCUUUGGGUAGACCCAAAUUUUCCAUAUUAGGUUGGAGUGAUGGUGGCAUAACUGGUAUUAUAGUGGCAGGUCGCUAUGUUGAAUGUGUUGAGAAAUUGAUAAUUUGGGGAGCAGGCGCGUAUUUGAAUGCAGAAGAAGAGAAAGCGUUACAUGCCAUACGGGAUGUACAAAAGUGGUCGCAACGUAUGCGUGAGCCAAUGGAAAAAGUAUAUGGUGUAGAAGGUUUCGCCAAAUUAUGGUCAGACUGGGUUGACGCUGCCUCGGCAAUUUUUAGACAACGUAAGGGAGACUUUUGUUGCGCUGAAGUAAAUAAAAUAAAAGCUCCCACAUUUAUAUUGCAUGGAAAAAAGGAUCCAAUGAUUGCUGCCGAACAUAUUCCGUAUUUAAGGGAACGAAUACAAUGCUGCCAAUAUUAUGAAUUCCCUGAUGGUAAACAUAAUAUUCAUCUACGCUAUGCUGAUGAAUUCAAUAAAUUAGUUGCGGAAUUCUUGUUGAAAAAACCUUGAGAUGUGAUUUCAAAGAUUUUAAAUAGUCAAAAGAGCUCAGAAUUUUUGUACAAUUUUUACCUUAUAGCUGCUUUCAAGGCGCUUUUUUCAAAAUAAUAAAACUGAAAAAUCUGCAUAUCGAGCCCUACCUAAACGAAUCUUUAUUUAUACAUAUAUAACAUAUGUAUGUUGUUAUUGUAAUAUUUAGUUAUUUGAAAACAAAACUCAAUUUAAAGAAAUUUUCCUAUAUAACGUCUCCUUCCUAUGUGCAUUUUCAAUUUACUUUAUUCGACCAUUUAUGUUAAUGAAAAUAAAGA